UGCCUUGCUCAAUCAGAUCACAGAUGAUUUGUUAGCAGUAUUUAUUCAAUGAAUACUUUAUGUUUUAAGUAAAAUAUGUUUUGAUUUAGUGUCUUAUUAAUUAUCCAAGAUGCCUAAAGAGCAAUAUCGCGAAACAGACGUCGGUAGAAAAAUAUCACAUGUCACGUUCAACGUAGACAGUGGGUCGGACAUCCAGCAGGCGGCGCACAUCCGAGUGAUCACCAAGAACCUGUAUGCUCAGGAUGGCCAGCGAGUGCCGGCUGCUUACGGAGUGCUGGACAGGAGGAUGGGCACAAACCAGAAGAAUGCCAACUGUGACACUUGUGGCCUGGGUCUGGCGGAGUGUGUCGGCCAUUUUGGCUACAUUGAGCUGGCACUGCCUGUCUUCCAUGUUGGCUACUUCCGGUCCAUCAUUACUAUAUUGCAGACCAUCUGUAAAGAAUGUUCAAAAGUAAUGCUCCAAGAAAAUAUAAAGAAGAACUUCCGCCGCAAAUUCCUCAACCCUGAGCUCUCAUACCUACACAAGAAAGCUCUCCGAGCAGCAGUUCUAAAGAAAGCCAAGACCUGCACAAAAUGUCCUUCCUGCGAGUCCCUGAACGGCAUAGUCAAGAAGAGUUCAGCGGGGAUUUUGAAGAUUAUCCAUGAUAAGUACCGUGCGAAGAAGCCGACAGACCCGAUUGUGCAGAAGGUGUUGAAGCAGUUCCAUGAGGCGAAGCAGUCGAAUAAGGAGCUAGCGACGAUGAUACAGAGCGGGCUGAUUAUUGAGCUUAGCCCUUUGCAGGUGCUGAACCUAUUCCGUCGCAUCCCUGAUGAAGACAUCCCACUCCUAGGCAUGAACGCCAAGAUCUCCCGCCCUGAAGACUUGAUCCUGACUCGGUUACCCGUCCCCCCACUGUGUAUCCGACCCAGUGUCGUCUCCGACAUCAAGGCUGGCACGAACGAAGAUGAUCUAACAAUGAAGCAGUCAGAAAUCCUCCUCAUCAAUGACGUCAUAGCUCGUCACAUAGCCAGCGGCGGCAAAAGCGAGCUGGUGCAGGAAGACUGGGACUAUCUACAGUUGCAUGCCGCGCUGUAUAUUAAUAGCGAGAUGUCUGGCAUCCCGCUCUCCAUGCAGCCUAAAAAACCCGGACGCGGUCUUGUGCAACGGCUGAAAGGCAAACAGGGCAGAUUCCGAGGCAACUUGUCGGGGAAGCGUGUGGAUUUCUCCAGCCGGACCGUCAUCUCUCCCGACCCUAAUCUACAGAUUCAGGAGGUGGGCGUCCCAGUCCACGUAGCCAAGAUCCUCACCUACCCAGAGCGUGUGUUCCCGGCGAACUUGCACUGGCUCCGGCAGCUCGUCCGCAACGGUCCCGACCACCAUCCCGGGGCAAACUACGUGCAGCAACGAGGGUUACCGCACAAGAAGUACCUCAAGUACGGCAACCGGGAGAAGAUCGCGCAAGAACUGAAGUGCGGCGACAUAGUGGAGCGACACCUGGUGGACGGCGAUGUAGUGUUAUUCAACCGACAGCCCUCGCUCCACAAACUGUCCAUCAUGUGUCACAAGGCAAAGGUGCAGCCACAGAGGACCUUCAGGUUCAACGAGUGUGUAUGUACGCCUUACAACGCAGAUUUCGACGGCGAUGAGAUGAACAUGCAUUUGCCGCAGACUGAAGAGGCUAGGGCCGAAGCGCUUAUUCUUAUGGGGAACAAAUCCAACCUCGUAACCCCUCGAAACGGCGAACUCCUAAUCGCAGCGACGCAAGACUUCAUCACCGGCGGCUAUCUCAUCACCCAGCGAGACACCUUCUUCACCCGCGAGGAGGCGCAACAGCUAGCGGCCUGCCUACUGGCCGGGCCUGAUGCUACUAUGAGAAUAGACAUGCCCCCACCGGCUAUACUCAAACCUAGGAGGUUAUGGACUGGAAAGCAGAUAUUCAGUUUGAUCCUGAAACCCAACAAGCGGUGCGAGGUGAAGGCGAACUUAGAAACGAAGGGAAAGAACUACACCAGCAACAAGGAUAUGUGCGUUCAAGAUUCAUAUGUAAUAAUCCGCAACUCUGAGCUGAUCUGCGGCUCCAUGGAUAAGAGCACCCUUGGUUCUGGCACCAAGAGCAGCAUCUUCUACAUUCUGCUCAGAGAUUGGGGCGAGGAGCACGCUGUUAGAGGCAUGUGGAGACUAGCUCGCAUGGCGUCCUACUACAUGAUGAACCGCGGCUUCAGUUUCGGCAUUAUCGACGUCACGCCCGGCCGCCGACUCAUCGAGGCCAAGAACCGCCUGCUAGAGUCCGGAUACUCCAAAUGCGACGCUUACAUCCUGGAGAUGGAGAAGGGAACGCUGCAGUGCCAACCUGGGUGUAGUAUGGAGGAGACGCUGGAAGCAGUAAUGUUGAGCGAGCUCAGUAGUAUCAGAGAAUUGGCUGCCAAAGCGUGUUUCCGCGAAUUACAUCCAACCAACGCACCGCUUAUCAUGGCACAGAGCGGAUCUAAAGGAUCGAACAUCAAUAUAUCCCAGAUGAUUGCCUGCGUGGGCCAGCAGGCUUUGAACGGCAAGCGAGUACCUAACGGCUUUGAAGACCGCUCGUUACCACAUUUCGAGAGGCACUCGAAAAUCCCGGCGGCCCGUGGCUUCGUAGAGAACAGCUUCUACUCCGGCCUUACGCCCACGGAGUUUUUCUUCCACACGAUGGGUGGAAGAGAAGGCCUGGUCGACACGGCCGUAAAGACCGCUGAGACUGGGUACUUACAGCGACGUUUGGUUAAGUCUCUAGAAGAUCUAGUCCUUCACUACGACAUGACAGUCCGGAAUGCGUCCGGCGAAGUGGUCCAGUUCAAAUACGGCAGCGACGGCCUCGACCCAAGUUACAUGGAGGCCAAGGGGCAACCCGUCGACUUACCCCGGGUGCUGCAAGACGUCCGGGCACAGAACUUACACAGGGACGAGGAACCGUUGGACGGCGAUGGUAUUGUAGUGGCAGCGGAGGAGACUUUAGCUUUGGACGACUUUAAAACAUGCACACAGGAAUUCAAGAAUGAACUCUUAACGUUCCUCAAAACUAUAGCCAAUAAAGUCCGUUCCCUCCGCACGAAAUACGCUCACUGCGGCAGCAUCGUGUACCAACUAGAGAGACUGACUCUCACUCAACUGGUGAAGUUCAUCCGAGUCUGUCACGACAAGUACCAGAGGAGCAUUAUUGAGCCUGGCACCGCCGUAGGCGCUCUUGCCGCACAGAGUAUCGGAGAGCCUGGAACUCAGAUGACCCUAAAAACCUUCCACUUUGCCGGCGUCGCUUCCAUGAACAUCACCCAAGGCGUACCCCGCGUCAAGGAAAUCAUCAACGCUUCCAGAAACAUCUCGACUCCAAUCAUAACAGCCGAGUUGGUCCAACCAUUGGACCAGGAGUUUGCGAGAAGGGUUAAAGGAAGACUAGAAAAGACAACGUUAGGAGAGAUAACAACGUACAUCGAAGAGGUGUAUCUACCCAACGAAUGUUUCCUGCUCAUCCGACUGGACGCGGAGCGCAUCCGACUGCUGUCACUCGAAGUUAACGUCGACUCCGUCGUUUAUUCAAUAUGCACAUCCAAAUUGAAAGUGAAACCAGGCAACAUAGAAGUGGUGUCGGACUGGGCUAUCAAGGUCAUAGCCGAGCCGAGCAAACUCGGCGGCUGGCUCAAUAUGUCGCUCCAACAGCUGGCGCGACAACUGCCCACUGUCGUCGUCAAGGGGCUGCCACAGGUGGCGAGAUGCGUGAUAGCUUGCGACGACACAGGUGGCGAUGUAAAAUACAAAUUGUGCGUGGAAGGCGACGGUCUAAGAGACGUAAUGGCGACAUACGGUAUCGAUGGCAGGAAGACCACUUCUAACAACAUAUUGGAGGUGUACCACACGCUAGGCAUCGAAGCAGCCAAGUCCACGAUCAUCAGCGAAAUCCAAGCGGUCAUGGCGGGACACGGAAUGAGCGUGGAUCGACGCCAUGUGGAAUUACUGGCUGGUCAGAUGACUGCGCGAGGCGAGGUGUUGGGGAUCACGCGAUAUGGGUUAGCGAGGAUGAAGGAUUCAGUGCUCAAUCUUGCUAGUUUCGAGAAGACCGCAGACCACCUCUUCGACGCCGCAUACUACGGGCAGCAGGACUGCAUCAGCGGCGUCUCCGAGUCCAUCAUCCUGGGCGUCCCCUGCGCCAUCGGAACUGGUGUCUUGCAGCUCCUGCACUCACCAGCUCCUGAACCCCCUAGAACACAGAGGGAGCUUCUGUUUGAUCGCCCGGAGUAUCAUAAUUCAAUCUGGGACUAGGUUAUUUGUAAUAAACGUUUUUUAAGUUUUAA